CGGAAGUGAGCGCCGCCAUCUUGUUUCUGUGGUUUUGGAGGAACAGUUGGUUUCCACUGGGAGCUGUGCUGUUUUGUUCCUCCUGGCCCGUCCGCCCUCCUCCGCGUUGAGUUUGCGUGGGUGAUUCCCGAGAGCAUUGCAGGCUGGAAGUGCAACCUCCUGCCAUGGUGAAGAUCUUUGUGGGAGGGGUCUCCCCUUCUGUCACAGUGGAUGAACUGAAGAAGCUCUUCGAGCAGUAUGGACAGGUGAACGAGUGUGACAUCCUGAAGAACUUCGCCUUUGUGCACAUGGAGAAGGAGGACGAGGCCCACAAGGCCAUCAGCGAGCUGCACAAGCAGGAGUUCUACGGGGCCAACCUGACGGUAGAGUACGCCACAUCCAAGAUCCGUAACGCCACCAAGAUCUAUGUGGGCAAUGUCUCCAGCAAGGCCACCACAGCCCAGAUCAAGGAGCUCUUUGAGAAGUUUGGCAAGGUGGUGGAGUGUGACAUUGUCAAGAACUACGCCUUUGUCCACAUGGCCAAGGAGAGGGAAGCCAUGGACGCUAUCUUGAACCUCAACGACAUGCCUCUGGAGGAUCAGAAGAUCUUUGUAACACUGUCCAAGAGCAACAACUCGCUCAAGACAACCAAGGGGACUUCUGUGCCACCUCCACCACCUGCACUGCCCAGUUACUACUUCCCUAGGGGACGCAUCCCUCCACCACCGUCUCCUUAUACCCCAUAUGCAACCCGAUCUUGGUAUGACCGGGAAUAUUACGACCGCUUUGCUUAUGAGCUCUACAACCGGGCGAUGACUGCCAGGACAGCAUACGAGAGGGCCUUGCCACCUGCACCCUCUACCCCCACCGCCUACAGAGAGAGGAGCCCUGUGGGCAGGCGGACGACUGCUGCGGUGGCCCAGUAUACUGAUCCCUACGCUGCUGCGGCUGCCGCCCAGACAUACAGCCAAGUGUACAACCAGACAGGUUAUGCAGCAGUGGCGGCUGCAGCCGCAGCAGCAGCUACCUACUCCCAGUACAGCAUGGGUGCCACCUACAGUGCAGGGGAGUACUAUGAGAAAUACAGCAACGGCUAUGCCACUCAAUAUGCCCAGACGUACUAAUCUCACUGUGCUCAUAGUAGUAAGUGACCAGAGAUCUUAGCUUUGGUGGGAGGCGGAGGCAUGGAGUGGAGAAUAACUAGCCCUAGAACUCCUUACUGGCACAGUUUUUUAUGGGGUAAGGGAGUGCCACUCCUCCCUAAAGUAGCUCUCUGAUGCCAUCCACAGUGGAUGGAGGUUACCAUGCCUCCUGAAAUAGGCUCAUAUGAACUAGACAACCUUUUAUGUGUGUGUUAGCCUAGAUUUCCUUUGAAGGUCAAGAAGCUCUGGCGAGAAGUGAGUUUGCCUCCCUCCCUCCCUCCCUCCCCGUUAAGAAAUUAACCUUUGUUUUCCUUCAGUCUUCUCAUGCUCCCACUUUCCAAGCUUUGUUAGGAUGCAUCUUUUCUUUACCUUCCUCCCUCAUCCCCUUUCCCUCCUGGUUUGCUUUCCUCAUGUUCUCUUUUGUUUUGGUUCAAUCGCUAAGAAAAUAAUUCCAGUUUGAAAGAUGAGUCGCCCACCACGACAAACUGGCCCCCUGCAAGCCUGCACUGAAAGCCACGGCAAUUCUGCUCAUAAUUCAGAGCUGAUCCUUUCUUGAUUCCCCUCCCCUCUCAUCAGUUUUAACUGUUGUAACUUGCAGUGCUCCUUUUUUCCCUCUUUUGCUGGCUAAUUCCUUGGCACGGUCUUCCCGUGUUGUGCAUGCGGAGCGGAGUUUUGAAAUGUGUGUCUCUAGAUCCGUAGCUAGGACCAGAGGGUGGGGGAAGGGGUGCCUUGUUCUUUUUCUGUACCUCAGUAUUACAAAAGGAAGUGGAUUUUUUUGGUGCCUCCAAAGUCCGUCCGUGUCACGGCUUUUUUUUCCCUUUUCGUUUUUUACAUUGAUGAUUAAACAGCUUGUACAGAACUUCCCGGCGUCUCGUCGUCAAAUCAGCUGCUGCGUCGCUUUAACUGUGCCCAAACCUCUGUGUGGCUCUUCUUUCUCCGCCUCUGUCCUCUGUGCCUAGCGAACGGCAAAACUGACACCCCGAUUUCGCUUGACUGUAUCGCGCUGCCUGUUCCACCGCGGUUGCCUUGGUUAACGGAGCAACCCUCUUCCCUUCCCGUCUCCCUGUGCCCUCCCCACGGCGAGCGCCUUGUUAGCAACCCCACAGGCUGCCCAGGUUUCCCUCCUGCCUUCUGGCUGCAGCAUUCCUCUGCUCCAGCUCAGCCAGGGCAUCUGUAACUCUGACCUGUUGCAAGCCCCUUAUCUGCUAUUCCUGUUGUUGAGGCCAACUCCCCCCCCCCCCCUCACCCUCAUACUCAUUUGUUUAGACCUCACUUGUCAGGUAUCUAACAUUGUAACCCUUUCUUCCCCCCCCCAUUGAUUUUUUUUCUCCAUACACAGCCCGGUGCUCGGAGGCGUAAGGGGGAAAGGGAUCUCGGCUGCAAAGGUGCAGGCAGAGCUGAUUCAAGACAGCGCAAUGCCUUUAACCACCAC